ACAAAUUCCUGAUUAAGUCACAUGACAUCACAUGACUCUCAAUGUUCCGGCGCUCGAGUGGUUCACCGAAGGCUGUUAGGAGCUCAACGAAAAGUUUCCCGCUUAGAGGCCAUCUUUCUUCUCCCCAACUCCUCAUCUCCGGCCCUCCACGUCCUCACCUCCGCGUUGGACAUUCUUUGUUAUUCCUCAUCUCAGCGUCGAGGGCCUUUUUGAUUUCACAAUCGCCGGCAAUUCCCGCUAAAAUGGUUGCUGCCGCCGCCAGAAUGCGCACUCCCAGCGCCAUGUUCAUGAUCCGGGGCGCCACCCCCAUGCGCCGUCCCCAGGCCGCCUACAAGUUCCAGGAAGUCCUGCAAACUCAAUUGCCUUCCAUCUCCGCUCUCUCCCGCUAUUAUGCAUCCAAGUCCUUCCCUCCUCACACCAUUAUCAGCAUGCCGGCGCUGUCCCCGACAAUGACCGCUGGAAAUGUUGGCGCGUGGCAGAAGAAGGCCGGUGACAGCCUCCAGCCCGGUGAUGUCCUGGUCGAGAUUGAGACCGAUAAGGCCCAGAUGGACUUCGAGUUUCAGGAUGAGGGCGUCCUCGCCAAGGUCCUGAAGGAGUCUGGCGAGAAGGAGGUCCCUGUCGGCUCGCCCAUUGCCGUUCUUGUUGAGGAGGGUGCCGAUGUCUCUGCCUUCGAGUCCUUCUCCCUGGAGGAUGCUGGUGACAAGGCUGCUCCAGCCCCCGAGAAGAAGGAGGAGCCCAAGAGCGCUGAGCCGUCGGCUCCGGCCCCCUCGGCGGAGCCCGCCGCUAUUGAGCCCGAGUACUCCGAUGAGAAGCUCCAGCCUUCCCUGGAUCGUGAGCCUUCCAUCUCCGCCGCCGCCAAGGCUCUCGCCCUUGAGAAGGGCGUCCCGAUCAAGGCCCUCAAGGGUACUGGCCGGGGUGGUGUGGUCACCAAGGAGGAUGUCGAGAAGUACAAGCCCAGCGCCUCCGCCGCCGCUGGCCCCGCCUACGAGGACAUCCCCGUCAGCUCCAUGCGCAAGACCAUUGCCAACCGCUUGAAGCAGUCUAUGCAGGAGAACCCCCACUACUUCGUGUCCACCACCCUGUCGGUCACCAAGCUCCUCAAGCUCCGCCAGGCCUUGAACGCCUCCGCCGAUGGCAAGUACAAGUUGUCCGUCAACGACUUCCUGAUCAAGGCCUGUGCUUCCGCUCUCCUGAAGGUUCCCCAGGUCAACUCUAGCUGGAUUGAGGUCGACGGCCAGGUCGUCAUCCGCGAGCACAAGUCCGCCGAUAUCAGUGUCGCCGUCGCCACCCCCUCCGGCCUGAUCACCCCUAUCGUCAAGGGUGCUCACGCUCUGGGUCUGUCUAGCAUCUCUAACCAGGUCCGCGACCUCGGCAAGCGUGCUCGCGAGAACAAGCUCAAGCCCGAGGAGUACCAGGGCGGUACCUUCACCAUCAGCAACAUGGGUAUGAACCCCGCCGUUGAGCGCUUCACCGCCAUCAUCAACCCUCCUCAGGCCUGUAUUCUGGCCGUCGGCACCGUCCGCAAGGUCGCUGUUCCCGUCGAAACCGAGGAGGGCACCGUUACUGAGUGGGAUGACCAGAUCAUCGUGACCGGUAGCUUCGACCACAAGGUCGUGGAUGGCGCCGUUGGUGGCGAGUGGAUCAAGGAGUUGAAGAAGGUCGUUGAGAACCCUCUUGAGCUUAUGCUGUAAAAGCUGCCACGACUCCAGUACCCACAUUACUGUAAUCUGUAUUAAAAUCUCCUUUGCCCCCUUAGACCCGCAUCGGUCCUUUUGUGUUUGAUUUUAGCAACUACAAUCCAUUUUCUACAUCUUUUGAAGGCAUAUCCAGUACUAUAAGCCCA